UAGAACCCCGACAGUUAUAUCUAGUACUAGAUGGUAAGCAUCCCAAAAUGUUUCCCGUGGGUCAAAUUGACACAGGUCCACUACCUAUAUUGCAGGAACAACUCUCAACUUAAAUCGUCUAUCGUUCGCUGAACUAGUCAGCGAAUCAGUUUAGUUGAAGGAUAUGCAUCCUGCGUCACAUCGACCGCAGGCGUACAUCCUCCCUACCGCUGUCCAUCGUUCAAUAUGCAGUAUCACAAGAAUAAUACAACCCCCGUUUACCCCCAACCGACCGCGUAAGCAUGGCAUCCUAAAUCGCACGACGAACUCACUUCUAUAUAGCAGCGUAUGUAACUAGGGCUAUGCAUCCUCUCUUUGGAAAGCCCCGGUGGUGGUGGUGGUGGUGGUGGUGGUG